CUCGUCCCCACUGUUGUGUCGCUUCCGACACUCCACCGCACCACGCAACCUCACAACAGUGCACUUGUGAAGGAUCUCGAUGUCGGAGACGUGUUCGUAACAGAGAAUGAAGUGAAAAAUACAGUGAUCCAUGGGCGUUUGAGGAUACUUGAAAGACAGAACUACAAAGAUUAAUGGCGAAAGUUUGCGACUCGUUGAAAAUUAAACACAUGUGGCAUCAUUUAGGCUGAAAAAGUUUAAGAAGCGGGCGACAAAGUGGGUUUCGCCCGUCACGGGUUCCAAGAUGGCUGGUAUUUGAAGGCCUCUUUGUCCCGCAUGUCACUAUGAAAGUUGAUUCCUUUUGGACAAUCAAGAAAAGAGCGAGGCAAGAUUCUAUCAUCAAGCGUCAUGCUGAUAAGGGAAUCUAGACUGGGGAAUCUGUGACAUGUUCAUCCAUUGCCCUGGAGCGAACACUGGCGUGUCCCACGUUCACAAGAAGCGGAAGUUGGACCCCAGCCCUCAAGUCGGGCAGGCGGAUUUGGCUGUGCUGCCUGAUGGGCUCUACAAUUUGAACGAGGCAUCUGGCCUACAUCCGGUGACGAAACUUUCAACUACCAGUGAGCAUCAAUUGCAGCAUCAUUCUGUCCCUACUGGUGCUGCUAAGCAUGCUGUACAGCGAAGCCCCAACACCAUCCCGCAGACCUUUGUGCGUGCCUCUACUAUAAAACUGCUUGACACCUAUCAGCGAUGCGGACAAAAGGUGCGCACAAAGCAGUGCGUAGGGCAGCAGAACAACUCCAGGCGCAAGUCGUGCGAGCGCGAGGGUAAUGGUGAUAGUGUGGCCACGGCGACAGCAGCUCCAACAACGACGGCGCACAGCAAAGGAGGAGGAGGGGGUGCGGCAGCCGCAGCGGCCCCUCAAGGCUCCUCCUCUGCAGAUGGCGACUACCAGCUGGUCCAACAUGAAGUGCUUUACUCCAACACCACGCAGUAUGAGGUGUUGGAGUUCUUGGGACGGGGGACCUUUGGACAGGUGGUGAAAUGCUGGAAGAAGGGCACUAAUGAAAUUGUUGCUAUCAAAAUCCUCAAAAACCAUCCAUCAUAUGCUCGUCAAGGACAAAUUGAGGUUGGCAUUCUGUCCAGACUUGCUCAGGAAAAUGCAGAUGAAUUCAAUUUCGUUCGUGCCCUGGAAGGCUUCCAGCACAAAAAUCACACUUGUCUCGUGUUUGAGAUGCUGGAGCAGAACUUGUAUGACUUUCUUAAGCAGAACAAGUUCUCUCCUUUGCCUCUCAAAUUUAUACGUCCUAUAUUACAACAAGUCCUCACAGCCCUUCUUAAACUCAAGCAACUGGGAUUAAUUCAUGCAGAUCUCAAACCUGAGAACAUUAUGCUGGUUGACCCCCAACGACAACCUUAUAGAGUUAAAGUUAUUGAUUUUGGUAGUGCCUCUCAUGUAAGCAAAGCUGUCUGCAACACAUACCUGCAGAGUCGGUACUAUCGAGCCCCGGAAAUUAUAUUAGGUUUGCCGUUUUGUGAAGCUAUUGACAUGUGGUCAUUGGGAUGUGUGGUAGCAGAACUAUUUCUUGGUUGGCCCCUAUACCCUGGAUCUUCAGAAUAUGACCAAAUAAGAUAUAUCAGUCAAACCCAAGGUCUACCCACAGAACACAUGUUAAAUAAUGCCUCUAAAACUCAGAAGUUUUUCUACCGGGAUACAGAUAGCACUUACCCAUUUUGGAGACUGAAGACUCCAGAGGAACAUGAAGUGGAAACAGGGAUUAAGUCAAAAGAAGCACGAAAGUACAUAUUUAACUGUCUGGAUGACAUUGGGCAAGUUAAUGUUCCCACUGAUCUGGAAGGUGGUGAGCUGUUAGCUGAAAAGGCUGAUCGACGUGAAUUUAUUGACCUACUCAAGCGAAUGCUUACCAUGGACCAGGUGGAACGGCGGAUCACUCCAGGAGAAGCUCUUAAUCAUUCCUUUGUCAACCUGGCCCAUUUAGUUGAUUAUGCCCAUUGUAACAAUGUGAAAGCCAGUGUGCAAAUGAUGGAAGUGUGCCGUAGAAAUGCCUACAAUUCAACAAGUUCUGGAGGUCAUCAUCAACCAGCAGCUGCUGCCCCAUCCCUUGUGGCAAGCUUUGUACCCAAUUCAAAUGGCAAUGUCACAUUGACAUUUAACAAUAAUCAGUUGACAAAUCAGCUUACUAAUCAAUACCAGUUGUACAAUGGGAGGCGACAGUAUCCUAGUCAUCAACUGGCUAUCAACUCUAUUCUGUGCCCACCUGGUUAUCAAGGGAUGGCUUCUCCCACUAAACACCUGACAGUUGUCACUCAACAACCUCCACCUCAAUUGCAGAUUCAACCACCUAUCAUAUCCCAACAGGUUGGAAGUCAGCAACAAUAUGUCCCUGUCCCUGUAUCUGUUAUGGAACCAAAUGGCAGACAAAUGUUAUUAACAAAUGCAGUCCAGACAUCAUGGCCUGCUAGUCGACAAAUGGCUCUUGUUCCGUCAUGGCAGCAGUUAUCAGGUCAUCAGGGUUCAAUACAGCAGCCACUUUUAUCUGACGCAGGAGAUUGGAGUAGAUCCCUGAUAGUUGAUUCCGGUGCUCUUUUGCAAGAGCAGCGUUCAGUUUUCCCUGUUGAUGUAGCUGCUGAAGUUUAUACAGCUGGUGAUUCUAGUUUAGUGGAUGGUAGUUGGUCAAAUGUUGCAAGUAACACUUCAUCAACUAGUGGGAGUGGCAGUAAGAGAGGUGUAUCAAAAUCUAGCCAACAGCAGACAGCUCCUCAACAUCAUAACCAUCAUCACAGUCAUUUGCUUACUGUUCCAAAUGGAUCCCAUGCAAGUGCUCAGCACAGACAGGAGCAUAGGUCUGAACAUCGUGCUACUGAUGGCAAAAAGGAGCAGACUCAGCUUAGUCCUGUGAAAAAGAGGGUCAAGGAAAGCACACCACCUUCAGAUUGUGCUAAUGGUAGAUUACCAAGACGACAUUCACCUAAUGAAAAUAAUCAGUGGCAACAACAAGUUGGGAACCCUACCCGGCACGCUCAUAGGAGACAAGGACUCUCUGGUCGUCAACACACAAUUACAAUCGUGGAUACCCCUUCACCAGCUGUGUCUGUUAUCACCAUAUCUGACAGUGAAGAUGAAUCUCCUUCUAAAUGCACUGCAUCUGCAACUCAGGCAACAAAUGUUGCUACUGCAAACCGAGCUGUUGCAUCUAAUCCAAUUGCUGCUGCAACUGUUCCUGCCACCAUUACAUCUGCGACGACAGGUGGUGUUGCAACCAGUGGAAGCAAUCGACAUUGUGCCAAUGUCAUAUCAUGCGUCACUGUAGCUGAUAGUGAUGGUGAAGAUCACCGCAGCCCUGCAAAGCACUCUGUGCUACUACAGCAACAGUAUCAACUUCAGCAGAAGCAGCAGCACCAGCAGCAGCAGCACCAGCAGCAACAGCAGCAACAGCAGCAACAGCAGCAACAGCAGCAACAGCAGCAACAGCAGCACCACCAGCAGCAACAGCAACAACAACAGCAGCAGCAGCAGCAACAACAACAGCAGCAGCAGCAGCAUCUUUCUGUUCAGCCUCAACAGCAUUCCUCCUACCAUCAUUCUCAACAGCAGCCGCUCCACAAUCAGACGCAUGUUAUUCAUCAAGUGAAACAUGAGCCAAACCACAGCUCAAGCUAUGUUUCGAGCACCCCUUCACAUUCUCAGAAGAAGCGACUGCUCUCCAAAGUACAAUCAGACUGUGGAUUAAUAGGGGUUGGCAUGGGUCAAGGCACAAAUGUAAUUGCCAGUAUACCCCCUGAUCAAGUUAUGAAUCAGGCUUUGGAAUACACUACAAUGACUAGUUCCAGUACCGGCCACAGCACAAUAACUCAUAGGGAUUACCUAUUACCCCAGAAUCAACAUCAAGCACACAGUCAUCAGCCAAGCCAACAAACUCAGGCCCACCAACAGCAGGUAGCCCAACAACAGGCGCAGCAACAAGCUCAACAACAGGCCCAGCAACAGGCUCAACAGCAGCAGGCCCAUCAGCAGGCUCAACACCAGGCUCAGCAGCAAGCACAGCAAGCUCAGCAGCAGGCACAUCAACAACAGCAGCAGGCUCAACAACAGGCACAGCAGCAACAGCAAUCACAACAGCAGCAAGUUUUGCAUACGGGUUGUCAUGCAGGCAACUGCAAAGACAUGGCAGUAGCUGUCAGUUCAGGCUCUGGCUACCAUUAUGUCACUACAUCUUCGGCAGCGCCCAUUCCUGACCAACAUAUCGUUUAUGCCAGUGCUGACAAACGUAUGUCUUGGGCGCCACCUGCUGCACACUCGGGAAGGGAUUUCUUAGCUCCCCCCACUGCUCAUAGCAUGACAUAUCAUAGCCGUCACAAGCGGGAACCCACUGUACCCGCGGUCUCGGUUCCUGUUGUCACGCACAGAGAUUAUCCCAAAGAGUAUGCACAGCCACCUGUUGCCCACAACAACCGAGGAGAGCCUGUGACUGUUGGUAGAGAUCAGCAUCUUUUGGCGAAGUCUUGGACGACUGCUGCCCUGCAUCAGGGUUACAGCCGGCACAGUUCGGCUCACUUGUCUCCGCAGCCUUUGGGUCACGCUGCCGCCGCUGCAGCAGUGCAUGCGGCAGCGGCAGCGGCUGCGCAUACACGACUCUCUCCACAACAUCCGCAUCAACUAGCUGCCGCAGCGGGCCAGCCGUUGGGACAGCCUCUGGGCCAGCCCUUAUACCACCAGUCUGAUCUGUAUCGUCGCCCAACAGUGUAUGUCACCACGACUCAGCCCGCCUACCUGCCCACGGGGCACCAGGUCCCACCUUUCACCACCGGAAGGGCUCUUCCCCCACCUGCUCAUCAUGCCAGUGCUCGGCCUAUGAUUGCAUCACAUGCUGCGCAUCCACUUCCGGCACACAUGCAACCUGCGGUGUUUUCAUCACACACUCAAGUUGCUGCGUCAUAUGGGUUUGCUCCUUUAAGUCCUGCCAAGACACAAUAUCAGCCUGGUCUCUGGUUUUCAGAAUAGGACCACCAUUGGCAAGAAUAAAUGACUAAUGCAGCUGGCCUAUGCACAGACAUUCUUUACUCUCUUGCAUAUUAUGAAAUUUUGUCUGCUUAGUACUUAGCUUUUGCUUUUCAAUUAUGUUCUGUUUCAAGUGUGAUCCUCAAAUCAGUGGUUUGUCACACGGUUUCUAUUGUAAAUUAAUUGCAAAGUUUGUUGAAAGAAGAUUUCUUUAUCGUGAAAGCAGCAUCAGUUGGUGAUAAUGUGCUGUAGGGUUUUGUCAAAUUGAAUUAUGUUUAGGAUCAAAUUAGUUUGUGAUGUGUUUUAGAUACUGUGAUACAGAUGUUCAAGCAAACAAUACUUUAAUUGUAACAGUUUUGGAUGUAGGAGAAUCACUCUUUUGCGAAGGAAAAUGGUUAUUUUCUGGUUCCGCCAGGCGUCUUUUAGAUCGCGCACACGGUUGAUAAAUGCAAGUUUUAUCCUCUAUUUGUUAUAUACUAUUUAUUUUCUUUCAAUUUAAAAAAUUGACACUAAAUGUAUUGAAGUAUACAUUGCUUGUUUUCAUUUGCUUUGUUUGUUUUGCAUUUGGAAAGAAUUGUAAUUAACCCUUUUUUGUAAGUGUUAUCAAGAUGGGAAUUUGUUCCCAAUGUUAUGUGUUGGUGUGUCUUUUAUAACCAUUCCUUCAAUGUUUGGAGCAUCAAUGUUUGCUUUUGCUUGCCUUUUCUUGUAAAUAGACAUAUUUAUUCUGUUCUUAACAAUAGUAUAUGUGAAUUAGUCAUUCAUCAUCACUUAUCGUUUACAUUUAUUAUCUCAGGGGCUGAGCACAUCAAGUGUGAAAUGUAUAUUGUUUCAGGAAUGCAGGAGAGAAUUAGUGAGUGUCCAUUAGCUGAUCUUUUGCUUAUAUAUCACGAAUAUGUUUGCUGUUGUUUCUCCAGAAACCUGGUUUCAUAGCUUCACCCCUGCUUUAUUUCAGUAUCAUUACUUCAUUGUUUUUGUUGUUGUUGUUUUUCAUUCCCUUUGGUAUGUAUUUCAUCUUUGCGGUCACUUUGACUUUUGUCUUUUAUCAUCAGAUCAUGUGCUUAGUACUUUUUAACUGGUAGGCUGAGCAGUGACAGUAAAAUGUCUGAAUUAUAUUCGUUAGUGUUGCAGAGAAUCAUGUUAUUAAUUAAUUUGCAUGUGAUCAGUGUGCUAUGAUAAUUAAAUCAUUCAGAACUUCUAUUACUUAUGAUGGUUAUUUGCUGUGAAAAUGUAGUGUUGACCAGUCAGGUCUUGCUUUGGUAAUGUUCGGAUGUGUAAAACUAAGUAAUAACUUACAAUAGUACUGUACUACACUUUCAAUUGCAUUUUCAAGUCAUGAUUAAUGAUAUACAGUAUAUAGCUAUGGACUUCUUUUUAUUAGCGCUGCAUCAUAUAAUUCUAAUUAACUGCUAGCAAUAUUAUUACCAAGAGUUAUCUCAUCAUUACGUUUUUCUUGCUCCACACCAUUGAGGAGUCAGAUUUCAAGAAUCAAAAGAUUUGUCAGUAUGGGUAGUAUUUUUACUGACAUCUUUGUGGUCCUUAACUUGUUAAAUUGGUCCUUAAAGGUCUAUUAUUUCCAAUCCCAGCUUCACAAACAACAGUUGCAUUGUUUGUGAAGCAACAAGCCCUCCUUAAAGACAGAAACAGGGAAGGCGUCUCCGGUCCAAGAUUGUUGAAAGUAGGGCUCAGUUUUGAUAUCAAUUUGCUCUCAUAAUUCACCAAACUUUCUGUUCAAAAGUUUUAGCUCUUAAAAAUUAACUUUUAAAACUUGAUUAGUCAGAUAGUUGCUCAUGUGUGUGAAUAACCUACAUAUCAAAUCUGAUUCCUGCAAGAUAUAUGAUCUGAAUCGGUGAAAUGUUUUCUGUGGAUAUGAAAACAAGGUACACUUAAAUGUGGUUGUGUGAACUCACACAUUCUGGCGAACUGACUUUUUGAAAUUUUGGUUUUUAUUUAGCUUUCUGGGUACAUUUUGUUUGGAUUUAUUAGCCUAAUUUUUUGGCUGUUGAAGGUGUCCAAUAAUUUAAUAAUUUGAGGUCAAAUUUGUAAGUUAAAUCUUGGGCUUACAUAUUUUACUUGAAAACCAUAGCAUCAAAGUCAUGGACCGGUUCUUCAUUUUUAUAAUGAAUGCCCUCUCGCCUUGUAACAGGGGAGCUCAAUAAUAGAAUUUCAACUGACUAUUGGAGUUUUGCUCGUGAUAAAUAAAUUCUGUACUAUAAUUAGAGUUAUUACUAGGGAUAUAUGAAAUGAACAAUAUUUUUGGAUUCUAUGAUUAGUUAUAGCUUUGGUUGCAGUUGCAAAGGUCUCCGUAGUGUAGUUAUAUCAGGAUAGUGGUUUCUGUAUAAAGCCAUUUUAAACUGCGAACUGAUGUUUGUACAUACAAGAAAUAUUAUUAAGUCAAAGGUUCCUCUUAUGGUUUUUCUUAUUAAUAAUCACAACCUAUUUGCUUAAGAGCUGUUAUUGUCUGUAUUUUUGGGUGAUUAUCAUAACAUUUAAUCCUGCAAGUCUCAUUUUGGUAGUGGACUGUGGUUAACUGUAGAUAAUCAGAUCUGUAAAGACGCUUUGGAAUUGUCAAACCUGAAAAUGACAUUUGAAAGUACAAUGCAUGUGACUGGGAAUACAUUUGUACCCUAUGGUUUAUGUUUGAUUAAUUGUUUUACUAUGGGGAGGGUAUCGUUUUUUACAGCUAUUAAAAUGAAUCAAUUUGUUGUGAAUUUGCAUAAAUAUACAACUUACCAGUAGCUUUUUAUUGAAUAUAAAGUAGUAUUUUAAAUUUUAUUCACUUGGAAGAAGUGGUAAAAUGAGUUGCACAUUGACAGGUAGAUGUGAUAGAUUUUUAGGGGUAAAAGAAACCUUUGUAAAUUUAUUUUGACUUGAUUGGCAUUUGUGGACUGCUCUAUACAGCAUUGUGAAAAGAAAUGCUUACUUGUACAAUUGAGCACAGUUUUACUUUUACUUGCCCAACCUGUUUAUGAUGGUGACUUUGCUUUUUCUACAUCAGAAGUAUUUGGCACAUUGUCAAUCAAUAUUUCAUAUUAUAGUACUUUUCCCUUCUAUCCAACAUUGGAUCUCCUCUCCUCUCCUAGCUUAAGGCUCUUUGUUAAAAAUCAGUUUUCAUGGUCAAGUGCCAUUAAAUGGUAUUGUGUCUGAUUAAAAGUAUUUCUCAAACUUUUGGAGGGACCACAUUAUAAUUUUGCUAGUUACAAGGUGAAGUAUGUUUUGGAAGGAUAUAAGCCAAAGAGUAGUAGAGCAUUCCUGGAUAAAAGAGGUAAAAAAGGGGGGAUCUACUGUCUUAAAAUACCAUGACAAUUGAAUUCUUGUGUUUUCAUUUUCUUUGAAAGAGGACAUUGUUGUGUUUGGUUUGGAGGUAGUAUUGCAGUUUUAGUGUUGUACUUUGAUCAGUUACCAUUGUGUGAACAUCUUUUAACAAUACAUUUGACUUUUGAAAUUGAUUCUUCUGUUUUGUUUGAGUUUUGUCUUAUUUAAUAUUUUGAUGUAGCAUAAAACCCACUAAUUUUGCAAUGAAUCACAGUUUCAAAGAUCAAACUGCACAUGCACACACAAAGCAGUUGUCAUUUGCUGUUUUAAAAUUUCCAACUCCUCUGGACAUACUUGGGCUAAGUGACAAGGAUUUUUUAAAACUGUGCCAAUGGUGAUUUAUAUUUCCCUUUUUUUCAAAAUCCGGGUUGUGGCAGUAUGCAGUUUUAAUCUAUAGACUGAUCCAUUCCUGUUAUCCUUUAAAACAUAUAUGUAUUACCUUUCCUUUCAUCUGAACAUGCUGAGCAGUCGUUACGUAUAGAGGCUUGUUAGUUGUUUUAUCUUGCCCUUCAAACUCUACAGUAAAUGUCAAAUAUACAAAAUGUUGAAAUACCCCUGAAAAAUGUAACCUGAUAAUGCAUGACUUUGUAUCUUAAAGUUUGCACUUGAUUUUAUUGAGACUGUGUUAUGUGGAGCACUGUAGGCUGCUAAUUGUGUAGUUUUUUUUAAAAUUAGUAAUUAUUAACUGUUUGACUUUAGAAUUUUUCUCUAUUUAUCUAACCAUGUGUUUGGAAUUGUUGUCCACCUCUCUAGCCAAUCAUAGCCAUUUGCAAGGACUGUUCCGAUAGACUCACUCCCAUGGCUUUCAGUGCCAAUAUUUUGGUAUACAAUUUGUGAUAACUUUCCAUGAAGUAUUGAAUACUAUUCAACACUAGAAUGUAGACUAAUCAACAGAAACAUCAUCUAAGAAGCACGAGAAAAGAAAUGUUAUGCUAUGUCACAAGUGUAUCAAUUAUCAGAUCAGUCGUAUGUAUUUCUUUUGUUGAUUGGUCAACUUAUUGCUCUUUUUCCACCUUUUAUGGCAAAACAUCAAUCAAAACAAAAGUUAUAACAGUACCCCAAAACCUGAAAUUUGCAUACUACGUGUUUGCCUUCCUAGUUUCUUUUUGUUUUUGUUUUAACUUGUAGUAGUUGUAGGAUGAUUUCAAAAUCUCUCAUGAUUCUGUUUGGGCAGAUCGAUCUAGGUCUUUUUUAAUCUUUGCUGAUUUACAUUUAUCCAAGCAAUUUAGUAACCUUUACCAACUUUUCUUCUUUUUUAACACUUUAAAAUAUCCUAGUUGUGUGUUUCCACCAGUCAUGAUUCUCCUCAGGCUGUUCUUUGUUUUUGCUGUAAAGUGGUAUAAUUUUAUUAAGCUUUUCUGUGUUCCUUCUUUAUCUUGGGAUUAUGCAUAUCAUUGUACUGCCUUGUGAGUUAGUAUGUUAGCCCAAUUUUCUUUCCCUGCAUUUUGAAAAUUAGUUUCUUUGCAAGACUGCUCCAUAUCUGAUAACUUAUGUUUAUGAACACUGAAACUAACUAUACAUUUCCCUAAAUUGAAUUUUCUGUUCUAGAUACUUGUAAACUUACUGGUACAAUAUGCUCAGUUCAUCUGUCUCCAUUUAUUGUACAAUUAAUUAGCCUACCUCCUGCCAUUUAAGAGCUCAAGGAAAAUAGGAGCAUCACUCUUAUAGCCUUUUAUGAUUUUUGAAAGCAGUGCAGUUAUAUACAAAAUAAAGAGGAAGGAUUUUAGAUAUUUGUCUAAAUUUUUCUAAUUGCAUUUAGUUUCAGAAAACAUUUUCAGACUCAGAAAUCUUGGCACUAACUUAAAUUGUCGCUUUGGUUAAAAACAUCGCUUUUCUUGGUUAUAUUUCCCUCAAAUUUAGUGUUCUAGGAAUGUUUUGCUCUUUCGGUCAAAUGUGUCUAACAGCUAUUUUUCAUGCUCGUGGCAGUAUUUUCCCUUGUUAACUGUACACUUGUAAAUGAAUUAAUUAAUUGACAUUGCCAUAUUACUGAUUCUCUUGAAGAAGUUCUUCUAGCUUUUCCGUCCGUUCCCAUAAUCCAGAUUCACUCAUCUCAUUUACAAAUGAACCUUUUCUUCUGGCUCAAACUUGGCACCUGACUUGCUUGUCCUCUUUCUGCCACUUGUGUGGGAACAUAUAUUGGUGGUUUAAAAGAGUGUUGGUCUUUAUCACUCUAUCAAAAUAAUUGAUUUAUCAGAUAACUACCUAUAAUAUAAAGAAGUUUUAAAUAUUUUAUAUUUGUUACAUGUGAUAUUAGCAAUUGUCCAUUUUCUACACCAGCACCCCCUAAGGAUUGAAUCUUUAUGCUCAUGUGUUUUAGUGUGUGGCAUUAAUGAAAUUGCCUAAUCAUUGUCAAAUUUUUAAAUAGCAGAAUAUCUAGGUUGGUGUGACAGCUUUUCUAAAGCAGCCAUUUAUGAAUCAGUGUGCAGUUGUAAUUCUUAGUAAAUUAGACAUCUUAAUGUUGCUUUUGCAGCUGUAUCAGAUUACAUAGGCUCAAAUAAUCAGUACUGUCAUUUUUUUCUUAUAUGCACAUUAUGGAAGAAAAAAGAAAAGAAACUUGACAGGUGGGGACUCACUGGUUCAUUGAGGGGCCUAAUAGGUUGUUGCUUGUGAUGUGACAUGACUGACUAUAGGAGUGACUUACCAGGGACGAAAUUGAAUCUUUGAGAGUUAUGUGCUUUGCUUUGUACUUUUUUUCCAUACUUUACUCAGUAUAUUUAUUCUUAGAUGUUAAAUUUCUAUUUGUACAUUUCUUCCUCUUUCCGGUCUCAAAUACCAUCAUUUUUUUUCUCCAAAAAGAUAGUCAGCCGAUGAUGUCUGAUUGAUUUGGCUUGAUUUCAACUAAAGUUCCUACGCAGGACUUAGUUGACCAUCUCACAGCGAUCAUCGAUCAUGUUAACGAAUUUGAUUAAAAAUGUAAUGCACUAUGGGCAAAAUUUGUGAAUUUUUACCAAUUUAGAGUGUACAAGAUUUCUGAUUUUAGUGUAUGACUGCACAUUUCAUUAGUAAAUUUGUAAUUUUACAAUGUGUGCAAAAUUUGUGUGAAUCUUGUAUUUCUUAUUCUUGUACAGGGUGCUUUGUGUGAGAGCACAUACUUUUUCCUCUGAACAAGCACAACCUUUUGUUUUCAAUGAAAUUCAUUAAGACUUCUCCUACACCUUGCUCUGAUUUGGCUCUGGUGAGGACUAGAGUUAUACAUACAUAGCCUAUAGGAAAGCAGUUCAUUCUCAGCAGCUACUUAAUUAGUACAAAUCAUGUCUUAAAUUUUGUUUCUAUUGUUCUUUAUUUGAACUGUUGGUUGUAAAAUUAUCGAAAUGUUCCUUUUACCAAGGUUAUUACAACAUCUGUUAUAGAAAAGUAAUGUGAAUCAUACUAUGGACCAGUUUAUUUUAAUUCUAGUUUUCCCUCUCUUGUUGGUGGUAAGCCCUCAAUGUAAGGUAAGGGGCAUGGGUAAGGAGGAAUUGAGUUCACUGUGCUAUAGCUACAAUAUUAGGUAAAAUUUAGAGAAAAGAGAGAUAUAUAUUGCUAUUAUCAGCUUUAAUCUCAUGUGUAGUUUCUGCUGUUGAACAUUUAUAUGUGUUAGAAUUUAUUUUGUCUCACUGUAAUAUCUGGUGGGUGGCCCUGGGAGCAAGUUAAAACAUUAAACCUUAUUUGUAAAAGAUGAUAUGGUUAUUAUAAUUAACUCACUUAACUAUCUUGAAAGUACAUAUUAAAGAAGUGUUAGAGUCUAUUUUGCUUGUAUCCAUCUCCUAGUCAGUAGAAUGGGGAAAAUGUGUUGUACAACAGAGCAAAAAUAAAAAAAACGAAUCUGGAAGAAA